AUGGAUCCUUAUGAGGAAUCUGAUGACGAUGAGCUCAGUGAUGAAAUCAUCCAGCUCAGCAUCCAUCAAGCCUGCCAGGACACCGCCGCUUCCACCUCAGCCGCCAGCCGUGAAAACCUCACAGUCCUGUCUGCCAUCGAGCAAGGUGAGGUCUCAGUGCUCCAGCAGAUGCUGAGGUUCACCUUCGCCUUCAAGGAACUGGACAAUCGCGGGUGGCUUCCUGUCCACCGAGCAGCACUACAGCCGGACCCAGAGGUCUUGAAGACAGUUCUGAGACUGGCUGUUCAGGGGCUGAACCUGGAGGAGCGGACCGCUGCAGGCGGAGAGACGCCACUGACGCUCGCCGUUAAAGCCAGACUGCUGCAGAAUGUGAAGAGUCUGCUUGAACACGGCGCUUCACCGAACACCACCAACGCCAAGAACCAGACGCCGCUGCUGCUGGCGGUGAGGGCCGGCUGCUUUCAGACCACGUGCACACUGGUCACACAUGGCGCCUGGGUCGAGCAGCUUUGUCAGAAGAAGUGGACGGCCAUGCAUGAAGCCGCCAGGGUCGGCAACGUGGACAUCAUCAUGGUGCUCCUGAGGAACGGUGGACGGGUGAACCAGAAGGACGUGACAGGAGUGACGCCGCUGGCUGUGGCUGCAGAGCAUGGACACUUCCACAUCACAGAGAUUCUGCUGAACUGCGGCAGCAGCGUGAAUUCACAGGCCUGUAAUGGGGAGAGUGUCCUCCUGGAUGCAGCAGGAUCUGGAAACACCGCUUGUAUUCAGCUACUACUGGACAACGGUGCCAACCCCAACCUCCCCAGCAUCACUGGACACCUACCAAUCCACAAGGCGGCGUACGCCGGGCACUAUGACGCCCUGAAGAUGCUGAUACCUGUGACCACCAAGAAGGCCAUCAAAGAGGCGGGUCUGAGCCCGGUCCACUCUGCAGUGGAGGGCGGCAGUCACCACUGCCUGAAGCUCCUGCUGGCCUCUGGCUUUGACAUCAACUACAAAAUGGACAAGAGAAACUCCGAGAACUACCGAGACAUGAGGAGGACCGCCUUGUAUGUCGCGGUCUCGAACGGCGAUGUGGAGUGCACCAGAAUCCUGCUGGCUGCUGGGGCUAAGACAGAGCUGGACCCGCUGUGUUGCCUCCUGGUGGCCGUUCGGUCGGGUCGCUACGAAAUCGUGGAGCUGCUGCUGGCAGCUAAAGCGGAUGUGAACUGUUACUUCACGGUGGUGAGCGACACAGUUUUCCCCACGGCGCUGCAGUACUGCCUAAAGGACGAGGUGAUGAUGCGGCUGCUGCUCAACAAUGGCUACAAAGUGGAGACCUGCUUCCUCUGUCAUCAUGAUGACACCUUUGAUACAGAGGAUGACGGAGACGGAAAGAUUCCAUUCUGCGAGUUCAUGAGUCUCUGCUGUCUCGUGCACCUGUCUGGGAGCGUGGUCAGGAUCCUGCUGGAUUACGUCAACCACGUCAACAUCUGCUCCAAACUCAGACGGGUCCUGGAGAAGCAACCAGAGUGGCCCCAAAUAUCAGACAUCCUCAACAGUCCUCGCUCUCUCAGGCACCUCUGCAGACUGGAGAUACGGCGGCGUCUGACCCUGAAGAGAAUCAAAAACCCCGACGUCAUGAACUCCGAGGUUUUCCCCCCCAGAGUGAGGAGCUUCCUCCUGUUCCAGGAACUGGAUCUGUACAACCAGAACACCAAACACAUCAUGUGAAGAAGACGUGACCGCCACAGACCACACGCCCAAGACAAAUAUCUGAAGGUAUUUUUUUUUUUUUAAA